AUGCCUGGCUGCACAGCUGCUACUCAAGGUUUUGGCUUCUGUGACCAUGGAUCGACCUUGGAGAAGCCGGGUCCGCUGGGAGCUGAUGGCAUCCACCCAACCUCAUACCGCAGGGAGAAAGAGGGGAGAAUGCGGGGCACAGAAAGGAAAGGGAAAUCCCCACGCAGCAGCCCUCAGCCAAGAGCAGCAGCCUCCUCCUCCCAACGGUCUCCCCAGCGCACCCCAGCCGGUGAAGACCACGGUGGCUACAAAGAUGAUUUUCACACUGCUUUCCCUUCACGCCAUCAUGACCAUGGUGGCGAUUUGACCGGGGCCGAGAAACUCCCUGGCAGCUCUGGUUGGGCAGGGACCAAGCGAGAGGGACCGCUGAUGCACCUCGCUGUCUUCACUGGGCUCCAGGCAGAGCUCCUGCCCAUCCCAGGCACUCCUCAGGGAGCAGCAUCGCCCUUGGGAAAUGUCUCCUUGGAAGCCGUCAGCCAGAGAGCGGCUUUGGCAAGGCAGGAGCAGAGAUCCUGCCGUGGACAGGCCCCAUCCGCCCGCCAGGAUAGACACCACCACCCACCCAUCUACAUCAUGAAGGCACCAAGUACACCCACGACCACAAGCUCAGAGGCCAGCGCCAAGGCAGCCGAUUCCAUCCCACGGGGUGGGACCUCAAGGAGCAACAAAGCAUCCACGGGCCACAAGGGGACGCGUCACAAUGGGGGCGGCUUUAUAAAGGGCGCCAGCAGGCAGCUGCCCCAGUACGGCCUGGGCCACCGGCGAGUGCGCUUCAAGGCCAUGGCUUUGACGACGGUCCGCAUCUUGCUUCUGCUGAGCUUCUUCCUGCGCCUGCCGAUGGUCGGCAAAGAGCUGGAGGAGGCCACGCACGAGCACAUGUGGCUCCGGGAGGAGCAUCUCAAUCAGGAGAUGACUCAGCUGAUGGAGGAGCUGGAGCAGAGCACCUCUGCCCCGGGAGCCCUGCUCUUGGCUGCCUUGCAGCACUGGCAGUUCUGGGCGGUCGCUGGAGUCCUAGUGCUGCUCCUUGGGCUCUGCUGGUGGCUGAGGAAAAGGAGCCAGCAGCCAGAGAGCAGCUGGGAAGAGGAGAUCACCUCCUGCGGCAGCCGAGAGGACGAGGAAGAAGCAGGCGAAGGAGAGGACUCUGACGAUGAGGGGCGUCUGGUCAGGAUUUUGGCAAAGCGCGUCCGUGGGGCAAUGAAGAGCGUGGCCUACAAGCGCCGGGUGGCGGAAGAUCUGGUGAGCGACCUCCUUGGCGUCUUCCAAGCGCGCUUGGCCAACAGUUUCUUCCCCGUGCUGGAGCCAGCCAUCGGGGUGGGCAGCGCCUUUGAAGGUUGGAAUCCCCGGGGGCAUGAUGCGGUCUACCGCCUGCUUGUGCCCCUGAAGCCUCCCCGUGGGCACACGUUCCAUCUGGAGCAGGCCUCUGCGGAGAAGAUGCCGGCAAAGAACUGCAUCCGCGUUCAGCUGGAAUGCACCUGCAUGAGGGGCCAAGGUGUGGAGAACAUGCUCUGCUUCGUGCACCAGCCCCAGGAGGCGCUGAGGACAACUCAGGAUUCCAACCUCCUAAACGACCUCUGCACCAGCGCUGCACGUCCAGGCUUCUACCUGGACGUGCAGAAAAUUGCCCGCUGGUUCCAGACCUUGGUGAGCUCAGCCUGGGGGGAGAUGGCUCAGUGGCAUCACUACAGCAUGAAGGUGCUGCCUUCCCGCCGCUCCUGCAAGCUGCAGCUGACGAAUGCCUGCGGGAGAUCCCUCUUUGUGGAGCUGAUGUUCGGGGUGCAGCAAGGCGACUCGGACAUCUUCCUGAGCAGCCAGGUUGCAGAGCACCCCGGCUGCUUCAUCCCGGGCACAACGUGGGCAGAGAGCUAUGCCGUGGCCGAGGCCAAGUUCUUCAGGCACAUGGCCAAGCAGGCCCCGCAGGACAGCUUCCACCUCACAUGCCUGCAGCUCUGCGCCGGCAUCCUGGAGAGCACAAGCUUUUCCACCGGCACCUUGAAGACCGUUGGGAUGCACCUCCUCAACACCCUGCCCCCGGCAAGCUGGACAAGGAGGGAAUUCGUCUCGCGGAUGCAGGAUAUCAUGUGGGACCUGCGCCAGUGCUUGGAGGAGAAACGCCUCGACCACUUCUUCCUUGGCAAUGAGAACAUGCCCGAGGACAUCGCCUUGCCCCCAGCCUUCCAGGCGGCUGAGCCCCUCAACCUCUUCCAGUGCCUGGUGCAGGAUCCAGCUGCCCACGCCAAGGCACUGCGUGAGCUUGAGGAAGUGCAAGCUCAGCUCAGAAGACUGCUCUUCUAUGGAGUCUGAAAGAGGUCUUCAUGGACAGAGCCGUGCCUGUGUCCCCUCGGCUGCCCCGCGUCUUCAAGAGA